AUGCUGGUCUUAGCCUUCCACGCUGGUCUUCUCGGCUACGUUGCGGCUGCCGGCUGCCGUAAGGCUAUGUUCAGUGACCAUGCCAAUCACGAGGUCGUCAUCUCACCGUUGCCUCAUACCUACACUGAAGAGCAUCAGUUGCCUGCUACCUUCGACUGGCGUCAUCACAAUGGUGUCAAUUACAUCACCAAGGUUCUCAAUCAGCAUGCUCCGAAGUACUGUGGCUCCUGCUGGCUCCAUGCUGGUGUUGGUGUCAUCAACGACAGGCUCAAAGUGGCCAACAAGGCUCAGUUCCCCGAGGUCAACGUAGCUCGUCAAGUCGUCCUCAACUGCGGACGAGACAUAGCUGGCUCCUGUCAUGGUGGCGAAGACUUUGGUGUUUACAAGUUUGCCCAUCUCGAGGGUCUUCCGGACGACCAAUGCCAAUUUUACCGGGGCGAGGACGGUCAGUGCUCCCCGAUCGACAACUGCAUCAACUGCGACCCUCCGGCCGGUACCGGGCCUUGCUAUCCUGUUCAACGUUAUGGUCGCUAUUUCGUCACUGAGUUUGGCAAAAUGUCCAACCCCACUCCUCACAUGAUCAAGGCCGAGAUCUAUCGUCGUGGCCCUAUCAGUUGCGCUGUUGACUCCAGCGUGGUCGAAAACGGCAAAUACCAUCCUGGCGACAUAGUGCGCGCGACUACUCCUGGGAAUUGGAGUUUGGAUCAUGACAUAGUCAUCAUUGGUUGGGGUCAAGAUGAAGACGGUAAAGAAUAUUAUAUCGUGAAGAACUCAUGGGGGACCUUCUGGGGUGACCAAGGUUACUUUCUUGUCCAGUCCGGCAUCAACUCAAUGGGAAUUGAAGAGAACUGUGCUUGGGCAGUGGUCGACCCCGAACCUCGUGUCGCCGACUACGGCCCGCCUGAUUGGAUGCGCAUGUUCCCAAGCGCAUUCAAGCCGAUGGAAGACACCGUCGUGGCCGAUCUCGUCGUCGUGUCAUAAGACUGUUGUUAGAAAGCAACGUAUUCAUGAACACAUUCGUAGUUUGCAGUUUUCUC